GGUCGUCUCAACUGGAAAUGUGGAGAACAGCAACCCCCAAUUUCGCGUCAGGAAGCCGUCGCCUGGCAGUUGCUUGCACAACUUGGUUGCGUACUCGCCUCUCAGGGUGCCAAUGAUGGCUUCUCCGCUAGUACAGAAUUUGUCAGUCCGGAUGCACAAUUGUUUCAGAUAUGCAACCGUUUUGGCAUUCCUUGCAAGCUGACUGAAUUGGCCGGAUUUCAGUUUACCCAAAGUGGACCCCCAGCUCUUCAAGUCAGUCUUCUUUUGUUCUCGCGUUUGCUUUAA